ACAAUGAAGACUUCAGUGUCAUGGUAACUCACGCUUUGCAAAUACUCUUAUACUUCACGUUGAGAACAUGGCUAACAAUUGUCAUCAGAUCGUUGGUGGUCCAAAUGCCCGCACUGACUACCACAUCAAUCAAACUCCCGAGUGGUUCUACCAAUACAAAGGUGCAAUGAUGCUCAAAGUCGUCGACGAGGGGGAAUUCCGUGACAUCAUCAUCCGUGAAGGUGAUAUGUUUCUCUUACCUGGAAACACACCGCACAACCCAGUCCGCUUCGCGAACACGGUUGGAGUCGUCCUAGAGCAGCGUCGUCCAAAGGACUCACUCGAUCGUAUGCGUUGGUACUGCGGUGACUGUGGUGAGAUUGUUCACGAGGCCGCAUUUCAUUGCACCGACCUUGGCACUCAAAUUAAAGUGGCGGUUCAAGACUUUAAGAGCAGUGAGGACAAGAGGACUUGUUCCAAGUGUGGUACUAUGGCUGAUGCGGCACCGAAGCCGGGCACUAUUCAGGAUCCUAAUCUGGCGUGAUCCAUCAAAAUGUAGCAAAAGUUUGUAUCAAAAGGUCAAAGAGGCGGCGCAUGGGUAUGAAAUGUGGUGAUGUAGUAGUAGUUGCAGAAAAAUACCUCUCAUGUCUUGAUAUUCUACACACUCAUGUCGAAAGUUCUUACUAAGAUACAACUCACUUAAACUUGUU